AUGAACCAGCAAGAAUUGCAUCCAAAGAAACCCAAAGGUGGGUUCAUUACCAUGCCAUUCAUUAUAGCAAAUGAGGCAUUUGAGAAGGUGGCAAGUUAUGGGCUGUUACCCAAUAUGAUAUUUUAUCUAAUGAGAGUAUACAAUAUGGGAGUCACAAGAGCUACCAAUAUAAUCUUCUUGUGGUCUGCAGCUACAAAUUUCAUGCCCCUAAUUGGAGCUUUUGUUGCAGAUUCAUUUCUGGGUCGGUUCUUAACCAUUGGCCUUGGAUCUAUCGCCAGUCUUUUGGGGAUGAUCCUUCUAUGGCUAACAGCUAUGGUUUCCAAAGCAAGUCCUCCACCUUGUGAUCAAUUGGCCCACAGCUGUAAAUUUGCCUCACCGGCACAAUAUGCUCUCCUGAUUUCCUCAUUUGGCCUUAUAUCCGUUGGUGCUGGUGGUAUUAGGCCGUGCUCCUUAGCAUUUGGAGCCGAUCAGCUAGACAAAAGAGACAAUCCCGACAAUGAUAGGGUGCUGGAAAGCUUCUUUAGUUGGUAUUAUGCUUCAGCAGCUGUUUCAGUUCUUAUUGCUUUAACCGGCAUUGUUUAUAUUCAAGAUCACUUGGGAUGGAAAAUUGGUUUUGGAGUUCCUGCACUUCUCAUGUUCGCCUCAACUCUACUCUUUUUCCUUGCAUCUUCAUUGUACGUCAAACAGAAAGCAAGCAAGAGCUUGUUUACUGGCUUUGCGCAGGUCCUUGUGGUCGCAUACAAAAACAGAAAGCUAGCGCUUGCCCUGUAUAACUCAAAUCGUUAUCAUCACGAGAAAGGCUCUGAGUUUACCAUGCCAACUGACAAGCUAAGGUUCUUAAACAAGGCUUGUGUUAUCAAGAAUCCUGAAGAUAUAUCUUCUUCCGGAGUUGUUUCGAACAGGUGGAAUUUAUGCACAAUAGAACAAGUCGAGGAGUUAAAAGCACUUAUAAGAGUCAUCCCUAUAUGGUCUACUGGGAUAAUGGUAUCAAUAAAUAUAAGCCAAAGUUCAUUUCCCUUGCUUCAAGCUAGCUCCAUGGAUAGACAUAUAACUUCAAGCUUUGAAAUUCCAGCUGGCUCAUUUGGGAUGUUUACGAUCAUUACUAUAACGAUUUGGGUUGUUCUAUAUGAUCGUGUAAUUAUACCACUGGCAUCGAAAAUUAUUGGGAAGAAAGUACAUCUUGGUGUGAAGUUAAGAAUGGGAAUCGGGAUUUUCUUCUCAUGUAUGGCUAUGGUAGUUUCUGGCAUAGUGGAGCACGUUCGUAGGAGCAAGGCAAUGGAGCAAGGAUUAUCAAACAAUCCCCAUGCAGUGGUAAACAUGUCUGCUAUGUGGCUUAUACCUCAAAAUAUCUUAAGUGGACUAGCAGAGGCUUUUAACGCAAUCGGCCAAACGGAAUUCUAUUAUUCCGAGUUCCCGAAAAGCAUGUCGAGCAUUGCAUCGUCGCUGUUCGGGGUUGGGAUGGCGAUAGCAAACUUGCUUGCAAGUGUUAUACUCAGCUUUGUGGACAAUCUUACCAGAUCACAAAGGAAAGAGAGUUGGGUUUCUAGUAAUAUCAACAAGGGUCACUAUGAGUAUUACUAUUGGCUUCUUGCAAUUAUGACUUUCAUUAAUUUGAUUUAUUUUCUUGUUUGUAGCUGGGCUUAUGGAUCUUGUGUUGGUAAGGUAGCAAAAACUAGUACUGAAGGAAAUGAAUUGGAGGAAAAAUCCUCCGUACCAAGAACACCACUUGGGGUAUCGAUGUCUUAA